AUGAACGAGGCCCUUAUUGACCUUGGGAUGGGCUCGUUUCAAUGGAAGAUCUUUGCGUUGACCGGCCUGGGGUGGUUUAUUGAUAAUUUCUGGAUGCAGGCUAUAACUAUCAUCAGUCCUGCUGUGCAAGUCGAAUUCUCUGUCGACAAGAUUGCCUUCCUCACUGUAGCCAAGUACGCCGGCCUGGUCGUGGGAUCGAGUAUUUGGCCGAUGACAGCGGAUUUUAUUGGCAGGCGAUUGGCGUUUAAUGUUACUCUCUUGAUAUCCGCUGUCUCGGGGCUGGUUGGGGCUGGCAGCCCUAAUUUCAUUGCUAUAUCGGUGUUCUGCGCCUUUAUUGGCGUGGGGACUGGUGGGAAUCAGCCUGUGGAUAGCGCCAUCUUUCUGGAGUUCAUUCCUGCAACGCAUCAAUAUCUGCUUACCAUGCAGUCGGCAUUCUGGUCUCUUGGGCAGGCUGUUGCUGCGUUGAUUGCUUGGCCGUUGAUGGCAAAAUACUCUUGUCCUUCCGACACGCCUUCUGGUCAAUGCACGUUCCAGGACAAUCUCGGAUGGCGAUACUGUUACUGGACCUUCGGCGGCCUCACUCUGGCCAUGUUCCUGGCACGUCUGCUCUUCCGGGUCUACGAAACCCCCAAAUAUCUCCUGGGAAAAGGACUCGACAAGCAAGCAGUGGAUGUCGUAUCAAAAGUGGCGUCUCGAAAUCGAACCAGCACCUGGCUUACAGUAACCCACUUUGAGACCAUCGACGCCCAGCUUGCAAGCCAGCGCUCUGAAGAAACCCAAGAAGCACCAAACACAACCUCCACAAACAUCCUCAAACGCAGCAUCACCAAAUUCAGCCCAGACAAGGUAAAAUCCCUCUUCUCAACUCCCCGUCUUGCCUUCUCGACGACCAUGAUGCUCUUCCUCUGGUGCUCAAUCGGGAUGGCAUACCCCCUCUACAACUCCUUCAUCCCAAUCUACCUCGCCGCCAAAGGCGUUGAAUACAGCAGCACCUCCCCAGCACAAGUAUACCGCAACUACGCCAUCCAAGCAGUCUGCGGAAUCCCCGCCUCCCUACUCGGCGGAAUCACAGUCGAAAUGCGCCAUAUCGGGCGCAAGGGCACAGGGACAAUUGCAUGCAUCAGCACAGGCGUCUUCCUAUUCCUAUUUACACGCGCCUCUACAAACGCCGCCGUGCUGGGGUUUACGUGCGCGAUUGCAUUCUUCCAGAAUCUUGUCUAUGGUUUGCUUUACUCGUAUACACCGGAACUGUUUCCCGCGCCGGUCAGGGGCACGGCGAAUGGGCUGGUGGCUAUGUUUAAUCGGCUGUCGGGUCUUAUGGCGCCGAUUAUUGCGGCGUAUACUGGGGUUGAGACGGAUAUGCCGGUUUGGAUCUCGGCGGCGUUGUUUGUGCUGGCUGGUUUGGUAUUUUUGGUUUUGCCUAUUGAGACGAGGGGGAGGGCUGCUGCUUGA